CCCGGCCUGGCCACGGCCCCCUUCUCCCGCGGAGCGGCUCUGGCGGGCAGGGGUUGGCAUCACCCCGGGGCCGGCUCGGGGCGGCCCUGCCCCAGCUCUCAUUGGACUGCAGCGAGGAGUAAACUGUCAGCCCAUGUGGCGUGGCCUCUGGAGGUGGCGACUGCUUAAAUAGCGCUGGGAGCUAGAGGGAGACAGUGAGGAGAGCGCGGAGCAUCGGCCGUGCGCAGUUUGGUACCGGCCGCCGCAGCAGCGCCCGCGUCCACCCGCAGAGCCCACCCCGCAGCAGUCCGGUCCAGUGCUGAGCUAACGCCAGUCUUCCCGGCACGAAGCUUUUCGUCCCUGUGCAGCAACAGGGAGAAGUUAAAAAAUGGAGGACGUGGUGAUUGCAGGCAUAGCAGGAAAGCUGCCAGAGUCUGAGAACUUGCAAGAGUUUUGGGAGAACCUGAUGAAUGGAGUUGAUAUGGUCACAGAGGAUGAUCGGAGGUGGAAACCAGGAAUUUAUGGACUACCCAGAAGAAAUGGAAAGCUCAAGGACCUAAGCAAAUUUGAUGCAUCCUUUUUUGGAGUUCAUCCCAAACAAGCUCAUACAAUGGAUCCUCAACUUCGCAUACUCUUGGAAGUUUCUUUUGAAGCUAUUUUGGAUGGAGGCUUUGACCCAUCCACCCUCCGUGGCACAGACACAGGUGUAUGGGUUGGUAUCAGUGGGUCAGAAACUGGUGAAGCCCUUAGCCAAGAUCCAGAAGAGCUUUUGGGAUACAGUAUGACUGGCUGCCAACGAGCUAUGGUUCCCAACAGGAUUUCCUACUUUUAUGACUUUAAAGGGCCAAGCAUAGCUAUUGACACAGCCUGCUCCUCUAGUCUGGUCGCUCUGGAAAAUGCUUAUAAGGCAAUUCGUAAUGGACAGUGCAGUGCAGCCCUCGUAGGAGGGGUCAAUGUUUUGCUGAAACCCAACACCUCUGUGCAGUUCAUGAAGCUGGGUAUGCUUAGUCCUGAUGGUGCCUGCAAGGCUUUUGAUGCUUCAGGGAAUGGAUAUUGUCGCUCUGAAGCUGUUGUGGUCGUUUUUUUGACCAAGAAAUCCAUGGCUAAGCGAAUCUAUGCUACAAUAGUCAAUGCUGGAACUAAUACUGAUGGCUUUAAGGAGCAAGGUGUAACAUUCCCAUCUGGAGACAUGCAGCAGCAGUUGGUUGUCUCUAUGUACAAAGAGUGUGGUGUCAAACCUGAAGAAGUGGAGUAUGUGGAAGCUCAUGGCACAGGCACCAAGGUUGGAGAUCCACAGGAACUAAAUGGCAUUGCCAAUUUCUUCUGUCAAAAUAGGAAAGAGCCUCUGUUGAUUGGAUCAGUCAAGUCAAACAUGGGUCAUCCAGAGCCUGCCUCUGGGCUUUCUGCAUUAGCCAAGGUCAUUCUCUCCUUGGAACAUGGAGUGUGGGCUCCAAAUAUUCAUUUCAAUACCCCGAAUGCAGAUAUUCCUGCCUUACACGACGGCUCUUUGGAGGUAGUCUGCAAACCAAUACCAGUGAAAGGUGGCCUUAGCAGUAUCAACUCUUUUGGCUUUGGAGGUGCUAAUGCUCAUGUCAUUCUGAGGCCAAAUGAGAAAAAACGCAAGCCCGUGGAGCCUCGCACCAUGCCGAGACUGGUUCAAGUUUGUGGCAGAAGCCCAGAAGCUGUGGAAACACUGAUUCAGGAGAGCAGGAAACAUGUAGGAUGCAGUGCAUACCUAAGCCUGCUCAAUGAGAUCUCUUCAAUUCCUGUAUCCUCCAUGCCCUACAGGGGCUACACACUGGUUGGCAGUGAGAGUGACGUACAAGAGAUUCAGCAAGUUCAAGCAUCUGGCAGACCACUCUGGUACAUCUGCUCAGGCAUGGGAACACAGUGGAAAGAUAUGGGCGUGAGCCUUAUGAAGCUGGAUUUGUUCCGUCAGUCUAUAUUGCGCUCAGAUGAGGCUUUGAAGAGCACAGGCAUAAAGGUCUCCGAGCUGCUUCUGCAUGCAGAAGAGAACACUUUCGAUGACACUGUCAAUGCAUUCAUUGGACUGGCUGCUAUUCAGAUUGCUCAGAUUGAUAUGCUGAAGGCUGCAGGUCUGCGACCUGAUGGGAUUGUGGGCCAUUCAGUGGGAGAAGUAGCUUGUGGCUAUGCAGAUGAAUCCUUAAGUCACGAAGAAGCCAUUCUUGCAGCUUAUUGGCGAGGAAAAUGUGUUAAAGACGGGAAAUUGCCCCCAGGAGGAAUGGCUGCUGUUGGUCUGACAUGGGAGGAAUGUAAGCAGAGCUGUCCUCCAAAUGUGGUACCAGCCUGUCACAAUUCUGAAGAUACAGUCACGAUUUCAGGGCCUCUGGACACUGUGAAUGCAUUUGUGGCCAAGCUGAAGAAGGAUGGAGUGUUUGCAAAGGAGGUGCGCAGCGCUGGCGUUGCCUUUCAUUCCUAUUACAUGGAAUCCAUUGCACCAGCACUCCUCAGUGCCCUGAAAAAGGUCAUUCCACGCCCCAAACCUCGUUCAGCACGAUGGGUCAGUACCUCUAUCCCUGAAUCUCAGUGGCAGAGUGAUCUGGCAAAGCAUUCUUCUGCAGACUAUUAUGUGAACAACCUUGUGAGCCCAGUGCUGUUCCAGGAGGGUCUGAUGCAUGUUCCGGAGAAUGCUAUCGUGGUAGAGAUUGCUCCACAUGCUCUUCUCCAGGGUAUCUUGAGGAGGAGUUUGAAACCCACUUGCACCAUCCUGCCUUUGAUGAAGAAAGAGCAGAAAAAUAAUUUGGAGUUUUUCCUAACGCAGAUUGGAAAGAUUCAUUUAACUGGGUUAAAUGUUCAUGGGAAUAACUUGUUCCCACUUGAGGAAUACCCUGUCCCAGUGGGAACACCCCUUAUUUCUCCAUACAUCAAAUGGGACCACAGCCAGGACUGGGAUGUUCCAAAAGCUGAAGACUUCCCGUCAGGUUCCAAAGGCUCUGCAUCUGCUUCCAUCUACAACAUUGAUGUGAGUCCUGGCUCUCCUGACCACUACUUGGUUGGUCACUGCAUUGAUGGCAGAGUCCUGUACCCAGCAACUGGGUACCUAGUACUGGCUUGGCGAACUCUAGCAAGGACCAUUGGCACAGCCAUGGAGCAAUUAGCUGUUACAUUUGAAGAAGUCACAAUUCAUCAAGCAACCAUCCUUCCCAAAAAUGGAUCAGUAAAGCUGGAAGUACGAUACAUGCCUGCCUCCCACUGCUUUGAGGUGUCAGGGAAUGGGAAUCUGGCUGUGAGUGGAAGGAUUUUGCUCUUGGAAAGCACAGCUCUGAAGGACUUCCAAAAGCCAGCUGACUCUCAGACUCAAGCAGACAAGAGCUCGAAAGGCCUCUUGAAAGAUGACAUUUACCAAGAGCUGCAUCUGCGUGGAUAUAAUUAUGGACCAACUUUUCAGGGCGUUCUGGAAUGUGACAGUGAAGCAAACACAGGGAAAAUUCUGUGGAAUGGGAACUGGGUGACCUUCCUUGACACUCUGUUACACGUGGUAAUCCUGGCCGAGACUGGGCGCAGCCUGCGCUUACCCACCCGCAUUCGCUCUGUGCACAUUGACCCAAUGCUGCAUCAACAACAGGUGUGCCAGUACCAGGACAACGUAGAAGCGUUUGAUGUUUUUGUGGACCGCUGUCUCAAUAGUGUUAAAGCAGGAGGUGUUCAGAUCAAUGGUCUUCAUGCUUCUGUGGCACCGCGGCGACAGCAGGAACGAACUGCUCCCACCCUGGAAAAAUUCUGCUUUGUGCCCUAUGCUGAGAAUGACUGUUUGUCUUCCAGUGAUCAUCUUAAUACCUAUCUGGACCACUGCAAAGCUCUGAUCCAUAACUUACAGGACAAAGUGGCAGUGCAUGGGGUCAGAUUAGUUGUCCCUGGACUAGAAAGUGCAACAGUUGCUGCAACAUCCUCACCCAUGCAGAAGGGCCUUCAGCACAUCCUUUCUGAAAUCUGCGAUCUGGAGCUGAAUGGAAACCUCCAUUCUGAGCUGGAGCAGAUUGUGACUCGAGAGAAAAUGCACUUCCUGGAUGACCCUCUUCUCAAUGGAUUGCUGGAUUCUACAGAGCUGAGGACUUGCAUUGAUGUGGCACUGGAAAACAUGACCAGUCGCAGGAUGAAGAUAAUAGAGGCUCUUGCAGGAAAUGGACAUCUGUUCCCUCAUGUCACAAAGAUUCUGAAUGCUCAGCCUGUGUUGCAGAUGGAAUACAUUGCCACUGACGCCAGCCAGAAAGCUCUUUCUGAAUCAGAGAUACAAGAUGCUGGAAUUUCAUUUAGCCAGUGGGAUCCAUCUAACCCCCCAUCUGGAAAUCUAACCAAUGCUGACCUGGUGGUAUACAACUACACAACAAGUGUUGUAGCGAACACCAAGGAAAUCAUCCCUAAUUUGGCAGCUGCGUUGAAAGAGGGAGGCUUUCUUCUGGUGCACACCCUUUUAAAAGGAGAAACUCUUGCAGAAACUGUCAGUUUUCUUACAAGUCCAGAUCUACAGCAGAAACAGAAAUUCCUGAGUGAGGCACAGUGGGAGACUUUAUUCAGCAAUGCCUCGCUGAAUCUGGUUGCCAUGAAGAAAUCCUUCUUUGGCUCAGUUAUUUUCCUGUGUCGCCGGCAAGCCCCUGCCAAAGCCCCUGUUUUUCUGCCAGUAGAUGAGACCAAUUUUAAGUGGGUUGAAUCCUUAAAGGAGGUCUUGGCUGACCCCUUGGAGCAGCCUGUGUGGUUGACUGCCACCAAUUGUGGGAACUCGGGAAUUUUGGGAAUGGUGAACUGCCUCCGCCUCGAAGCAGAUGGCCACAGAAUCAGGUGUGUGUUCGUUUCCAACUUGAACCCUUCAUCAGCUGUCCCACCCAUGCGUCCUUCUUCCCAGGAGAUGAAGGAGAUUGUUCAGAAGGACCUGGUGAUGAAUGUGUAUCGUGAUGGAAAGUGGGGCUCCUUCAGGCACCUCCCAUUGCAGCAAGCACAACCUCAGGAGCUGACAGAAUAUGCCUAUGUAAAUGUGCUGACUCGUGGAGAUCUCUCAUCUCUUCAUUGGAUUGCCUCUCCACUUCGACACUUCCAGUCAACUUCUGAUGUUCAGCUCUGCAAAGUCUAUUACUCAUCUCUCAACUUCCGUGACAUUAUGCUGGCCACAGGAAAGCUGCCUCCUGAUGCUAUCCCUGGUAACUGGGUUUUGCAGCAGUGCAUGCUGGGCAUGGAGUUCUCAGGACGGGACCUGUCUGGAAGAAGGGUGAUGGGACUGCUGCCAGCAAAGGGGCUGGCUACAGUGGUAGACUGCCACAAGAGGUUUCUGUGGGAGGUGCCUAAAAACUGGACUCUGGAAGAAGCAGCUACAGUGCCUGUGGUUUAUGCCACUGCUUAUUAUGCUUUGGUGGUUCGAGGUGGCAUGAGGAAGGGUGAGAGCAUCCUUGUCCACUCUGGCUCAGGAGGUGUGGGCCAAGCAGCCAUUGCCAUUGCCCUGAGCAUGGGCUGCCGUGUCUUCACUACUGUGGGCUCCACUGAGAAACGUGAGUACCUCCAAGCAAAAUUCCCACAGCUGGAUGCCAGCAGCUUUGCCAGCUCCAGAAGUACUGCCUUUGAGGAGCAUGUGCUGCGAGUUACCAAUGGAAAAGGUGUCAACAUGGUGUUAAAUUCCCUGGCAGAAGAGAAGCUCCAAGCCAGUUUGCGUUGCCUUGCUCGACAUGGCCGCUUCUUGGAAAUAGGCAAAUUUGAUCUGUCAAAGAACAGUCAGCUUGGAAUGGCUCUCUUCCUCAAGAAUGUGUCAUUUCAUGGGAUACUGCUAGAUGCAGUCUUUGAGGAGGGAAGCCCAGAGUGGGCAUUGGUAUCAGAGCUGUUGACAAAAGGCAUCAAGAAUGGUGUAGUAAAGCCCCUGAAGCGUACGGUCUUUGAUAAAGAAGAGGUGGAAGCUGCCUUCAGGUUCAUGGCACAAGGAAAACAUAUUGGCAAAGUUAUGAUUAAGGUCCAAGAAGAAGAAAAAGAAUAUCCUUUAAGAACAUUUGAUCCAGUUAAAAUCCCUGCCAUCUCCAGAACCUCCUGUCCACCUACCAAGUCUUAUAUCAUCACAGGGGGGCUAGGAGGAUUUGGGCUUGAGCUGGCACAGUGGCUAGUUGAGAGAGGAGCACAGAAGCUUAUCCUGACUUCCCGUUCUGGCAUACGGACUGGCUACCAGGCUAAAUGUGUGAGAGAGUGGAAGGCACUGGGAGUCCAAGUGUUGGUAUCUACCAGUGAUAUUGGAACACUAGAAGGAACACAGCGAUUGAUAGAAGAAGCCUUGAAGCUUGGCCCAGUUGGAGGCAUCUUUAAUUUGGCUGUGGUCCUUAGAGAUGGCAUGAUUGAAAAUCAGACCCCAGAAUUAUUCUCAGAGGUCAACAAGCCCAAGUAUUCAGGCACCCUUCACUUGGACCGGGUGACUCGUAAGAAGUGUCCAGACCUGGACUAUUUCGUUGUGUUCUCCUCUGUAAGCUGUGGAAGAGGAAAUGCUGGGCAAAGUAAUUACGGCUUUGCCAAUUCUACCAUGGAGCGGAUCUGUGAGCAGCGACAACAUGAUGGACUCCCAGGCCUGGCAAUCCAGUGGGGAGCCAUUGGUGAUGUGGGCAUCCUUCUGAAGACAAUGGGAAACAAAGAGAUUGUCGUUGGAGGAACCAUUCCCCAGCAAAUCAGCUCAUGCUUGGAGGUGCUGGAUACCUUCCUGAAUCAACCUCAUCCUGUCAUGUCCAGUUUUGUCCUAGCAGAGAAGGUCUCUGUGAAAUCUGAGGGAGGUGGUCAGCGGGAUCUUGUAGAAGCUGUGGCUCACAUCCUGGGUGUCCGUGACGUGAGCAGUCUGAAUGCUGACAGCUCUUUGGCAGACUUGGGCUUGGAUUCCCUGAUGGGUGUGGAGGUGCGCCAGACCCUGGAGAGAGACUACGACAUCGUUAUGACCAUGAGGGAAAUUCGGCUGCUUACAAUCAACAAACUGCGGGAGCUUUCCUCCAAGACUGGGAAACCAGAAGAGAUGAAGCCAUCGCAAAUGGCGAAGGCAGGCCCAGGUGAACCUCCAAAACUGGAUUUGAACAACUUGCUGGUGAACCCAGAGGCACCAACAGUCACCCGUCUCAAUGAUAUCCAGAGCUCAGAGCGACCUCUCUUCCUCGUCCACCCCAUUGAAGGAUCCAUUGCAGUUUUCUACACUCUUGCCUCCAAACUCCGUGUACCCUGCUAUGGGUUCCAGUGCACAAAAGCUGCUCCUGUGGACAGUGUACAGAGCCUGGCAACCUACUACAUUGGCUGUAUGAAGCAGAUACAGCCUGAAGGACCCUACCGCAUUGCUGGAUAUUCUUUUGGUGCCUGUGUAGCCUUUGAAAUGUGCUCCCAGCUGCAAGCACAGCACAAAGGUUCCCAUGCACUCAACAGUCUGUUCCUCUUUGAUGGGUCUCAUUCCUUUGUGGCAGCAUACACUCAGAGCUACAGAGCCAAGCUGUCAGAGGGAAGUGAGACUGCACUGGAGGCUGAAGCUUUGUGUGCCUUUGUUCAGCAGUUCACAGGCAUUGACUACAAUAAGCUACUGGAGGUUCUUCUGCCCCUAAAAGAUCUGGAGGCUCGUGCAAAUGCUGCUGCAGACCUGAUAGCUCGAGUUCAUACAAACAUCAAUCGUGAUGCACUCAGCUUUGCUGCUGCUUCCUUUUACCAUAAACUGAAGGCUGCUGACAAGUAUGUCCCAGAGUUCAAGUAUCAUGGGAAUAUAACACUGAUGCGGGCAAAGUCUAACAACGAAUAUGAAGAAGGUCUGGGCGGAGACUACAGACUCUCAGAGGUGUGUGAUGGGAAAAUAUCUGUCCACGUCAUUGAGGGAGAUCACCGCACCUUGCUGGAGGGAAACGGCGCUGAGUCAAUUAUUGGCAUCAUCCACAGCUCGCUGGCAGAGCCUCGCGUCAGUGUCAGGGAGGGCUAACGUCUGCUUGCUCACUGUCAACGAGGAAGAAACUGCCAACAACAUUCCUUGUUAUGAUAGACCCCAAGGAACUCUUCCUGUUGUUUAACAUCUCAUCUGCUCUGUUGCCAGAACUGGGAAGUUCAGCUGAUUUGGUCUUUUUCUCUCUCCUUCUUGCUCAUCUUUUCCUUUGUCGCCUUUAUGGAUUCUCUUUCCUCCUUCUCUUCCUAACCUUUAUUUUCCCCUGGUAUCCCUGUCCAUGUUGCCGUAGUGCUGUGACUUUGUCACUGUGCACUGCUCUGAAGGUUCUCCACUGAUGGUUGCUUCCUACACCUUUGGCAGUAUGAAAAACAAAGUUAGGAGUAGAUUACUUGUGCUUUGUAUUGUUUUGUCUUAACAGUAUUCCAAAGUGGGAUAGCACUUGUUGACCAAGCCCAGUGAGCAGGGAGAAGAGCUGCAGCUGAUUUCGGAGAUAACCUUUUGUCUGUGAAGAAUCUGUCUGUAGUUGAGUCAGAAAGAGAAUUCCAUUGAGGCUUUUGUAACUAUAUUUUUUUAAUUUGAUAUAUUCUAAGUAUUUAUUGUGUCAAACCAGAGACUUCUUACUUGGUUUUAAUUUAUCAUGGGUUAUAGGAGAAAAGAAGCAUCCCUUUUUGGAGGGGAAGGUUUAUUCUACAAGGGGAAGUUGUCCAUCUGUUACACCAAAGUGAAUCUUUGGAACAGUCUGGUUUCUUUUGUUGUUUAAUUGUUGUUUGGUUUUGGGGUUUGUUUCUUUUUUAUUUUUAAUUCUACUGCUCUGCCCUGUUCAGAAAGGAAAAGGUAGAAGGAAGGGGUUUUGACACCAUCCACUCUUUGGAAGAAUGAGAGGGAUGGGAGGGAAGAGUAGAUGGUUUGACAGAUGCCACUGUAUUGCACAGCCUUAGCUUGGGCAUGAUACAAACAGGCAAAGGUGUCCCUGGAGAGGUACUUUCUUUAUAUUAAUGCAGGGUCCUGUGCUCUGCAGCAUCAGAACCUUAGUAAAGCAUUAAGCCUAUUACUUUACCCUGUUCCCUUCCACCUCCAGUCUCACCACCCAAUCAGACAUUUGGAAUGGGGCAGGAAAUAGAAUUCUUCAACAAGAACUGAAUGAACAAAUACUCUUACCCCUGCUGUCCCAUAACCAGAGAUCAGGCAAACCUUGCAAGCACCUUCCCAGAGCCCCUGUAUUUAGCAUGGGGCUUGCUUAAGCCUCGUGUAUUCAUUUUCCUUGUAAUGAGACUGGAGAUCCCACAUAAGUUAGCUAAGUAAUCAGUUUGAUGGUAUGGUUUUAAAAUGUAGUACCUUUUUAAAGGAAACUUGCAUAAAAUUCAAUUUAAAAAGUUUCUUGCCUUUGCUAUGCUGGAUCUGUCCUUUCCAAAAUCAGUAAAUCCUUGCUACACUUAUGAUACAGAGGAGACCUGGGUAGCAACAAAGCGCCAACUAGGAGGAGUCCUUGUGCCUCUCAGAACUGCUGUAAAACCCCAGUUCUCUCCAUCCUGCAGUGAAGUAUCCUGGUAGUGCAGCAGCAUUUCUGUGGCAGGAAUGGAUGGCUCUUGACUGCAGGUUCUGACCUAGUGUCUUCUGCUUCUACCACCCUCUGUUGAUAGUGGCUGGGUUAACUGGUUUUAGUUUUAUAAAAUAUUUCUUUUGUGAAAUCUGAAAUAAAACCAACAUGAUGUCAGCUUAAAGCAUUUCCAGAAUAAGUCUUUUUGUUUUGUUUUGUUUUUAAUACUUUUUUGGUCUGAAGAGUGUCUUUUUCUCUUUGGCUUUCCUAGUAUUAAACAGAAUUGAUCACUGGUUGGCUUUUUGUCUUAAUUCUUUACCACCAUUUCUUAACGCUGUGUUUCAUCACAUUUCUUGGUAUAAAGCAAAACCUGCUGCUGGCAUAUCUGAUCUGGAGUCUGUAGAAACAAUAAUAAAGAAGACUUCAUAUUCUAGACCAUGGCUUCGUGCUGCCAUGAUUUUGGUACCCUAGAUGCAACCAAGCCACCCUCACCCACUAGACUGAAGUGGAAAUGCUUAAAUUCUAAUCCUAGCUCCACUGCUGUGAAUUUGGACAGGCCAUUAAUGCUAAUGCUUCAGUUUCCCCAUCUGCAAAAUGAGACUAAUAGCAUCUCAAGGUCAUUGAGAGUGUUAGGUAGGCAAUUAAGUUGUUAGGUAUGAUGACUAGGUGUUAACAGGAGGAGGGAAGUGGGUGAAGUGUCUUAGAGGUGCUGAGAAUCAAAUAGUAAGGAGUGUCUCUGAACUGAGCAUAUUCUGAGACUUCAGUGUAUCUUUGUGCUAUCCAUGCACAUGCCAGCAUAGGAUACUACCCAAAACAAAACAAAUACGGACUGCUUGCUUGGUUUACUUCAAAUUUCACUACUUGAAGUUGUACUGAGUUUGAAAAGAGAUGAAAGAUUCCUACUUGCCGUGAUUUUAUUGGAAACUUAGGCCGAAAAACAAAGGUGUGGUUAAAUUUUAGCAGAGUGAUUGCAGUUGUUUGCUUAAAGUGUUUAACAAGAAUGGUCUCUGUGGAGGGAGGAAAGGCUAACACUGGCUCAGCUGUCAAAGCAGGAGUUGGACAAGUUCUCUCUAAACAUAAAUGUGCGUGAUUUCAUCAAAGCAUAGCUUGAUUCUGGUUUAGUAGUAGAAGUUCUUUGAGAAUUACUUAACAGCCUAAAUGCUCUCAAUGUUCUUGUGAUGGGAAAAGCAGAAGAUUGGGGUGGGGGGUUUUUUGGGGGGAGGGUCCUCCAUAAUUGUCUAAUUCUGAGCUGCUGCUCUGUAACCCAUUAUGUAAUUGGCUGCUGAAUACAGUGUGCCAAAAAUAAAAACCUUACUAGCUCUGCUA